AUGAAAACUUUACACAGAAAAGGAAGCACUUAUGCAGCGCUCGCGGUAAGAUCAAUAGAAGCUUCUGAAACUCAUCAAAUCAGCAAGAAACAGGUGCAUGAGUUCGUGAUUGAAUAUUUAAAGCGAGUUCACCUGAGUAUUUGCACGAUUAUUGCUCAUGAUGAGGAACAAAUUGAAAGCUUUGGAGAUAUUGAUCCUUUGCCAUUUUAUGAGGAAAAGAUUUAUUUGAAAUUUUCUGAUGGUUCUGAGGAAAUUGUCGUUGAUGAUUUUGGAGCUCCUCAAGCGUUUUUGGUCGAUAUGGAUUACGAAGAUAAUUUUAAAGUGCUUGAAAUGGCUUCGUCCAAAAAUCUCUUCAACGCGACAUUCCAUUGGAUCCUCACCGUCACCUCUCCGCAACAGCAACUCGUCGUCGCCACCAUCAAUAAUUGGUUCAAUGAAUUGAAUAUUCACGUUGAUUCGAAAAUAACUGUGGUCAACCUGCUCGGCAGCAACAACGAUGCACGCGAAACGGCGACCAACAGCAGCACAACUACAACAAAACAAGGUCAUCAACAAGUAUCGCUCUAUGAUAUAUGGAAACCAAGUCAUCGUCAUGAUCCACGACGCAAAGUAAAUAUCAAUUUACUCGGAUACGGAAUUCUCCCAUCAUUACCAUCGACCUCAUCAAAGCAAAAACCUUUAAUUUAUUUUAAUGAUGUCACGACGAUGUCACUAAAAGAACGAAAUGCCGAGAGGAAGAGAAAAUCAUCGCCAUUCGCGGCAAUUUCUAAUCGUCUCGAGCGGCGUCGUGACAUGGAAGGGACAAUGUUGCGAGUGACGGUUGUGAUUCAGCAAAGGAUUCAUGAGCCGUUUGAGCUUUAUUUGAAGCACACUUAUAACUUGCAUCUCGAUUCGAUGCAUCGCAUGAACAUGGCAAUUCUCGAGCAUUUUCGGUGGAUGCACAAUUUGACGUUUCACGUGAGACGCGUCAAGUCUUGGGGAUAUCCGGUAAACGAUACGUGGGACGGGAUGGUAGGAAGUUUGUUACGAGAUGAGGCAGAUCUCGGGGGAAGUCCCAUUUUUUACUACAAAGCACGUCAGCAGGCAGUUACGGGUGUCGGUUAUACAGCGCUUGAACGGCCGUGUUUCUUCUUGCUGCAGCCAUACGAUCCGAAUGCAUUACGGAAUAUCUUCUUGCUGCCAUUCUCCACAAAUGUUUGGAUUUGCAUCCUAUUGUGCUGCGUGCUCUUUAUCUUCGUCAUGUUCGUCUUCUAUGAUUUCGAGCACAAAGUUACAUCUAGUGGAAACGCCUGGUUGAAAAAAUUCGUGAAAGGUCCUCAAAAGAAAAAACAAAAAGCUAGAAAAACAGAAAAUGUCUCGAAACCUCAUGCGAUAAAUUUUUGGUUCGAUUCGUUGUUGUUGCUCACUGGAGUAAUUUGUCAACAAGGUCUCGAAAAAUCCGUCAAAUCAAGCGCAAGUCGUUGUUUCGGCCUGUUUUUGCUUGUUUUUGGUUUCCUCAUUUAUCAAUUCUACUCCGCCAGCAUUGUGAGUGCAUUAUUAAUGGAAAAACCCAAAACUAUCAAAACACUCCGUAACUUGAUUGAUAGCCCGUUAGAGCUGUACAUUGAUAACAACAUCUAUAUGAAAAAUCAUUUCAAGCAUACAAAAGAUCCCCUGGCUAUCGAAUUGUACAACAAAAAAGUUGUAGUUUUUAAUAAGAACACGAUGCAAAACGAAUUUCACUAUGUCGAUUUCGACGAAGGGAUGCGCAUGAUACGACGAGGCAAAGCGUUCCACGUACAAGAUGCCCAGGCAUACAAAGUAAUCAAGGACACAUUCACCGAAAUGGAGAUUUGUGACUUGAUCGAGAUAAAUUUGAUGCCACAAUAUAUCAAGAAGUUGCAAAUGAUUGUGCAAAAAGUUUCGCCAUUUCGCAAAAUUUUGGCCUACAGUAAUCGUCGCAUCACGGAACACGGGAUUAUGGCACGAGAACGGAGAUUUUGGAGAUCGCCAAAGCCCAAAUGUGUACGGCAAAUACACAAGGAAGACUUUCAAGUUCGUGUGGAAUUUAUCUACUCGGUGCUCAUAUUUCUAUCUGCUGGCUACGUUAUAAGUUGUGCAAUACUUUUGCUGGAAAUAUAUUUUGUGAAAUAUUGUAAUAAUAAUCAUCAUCGCAUGUAAUUCCAAUGUACUUGCUCUGCUAUGUCUCCCUCACUCCAGCACACACACACAUGACUAAACAUUGUUCAAGAGGCAAAAGGAUGCAAUUUAAAUUUUGUUCAACAUUUCGAAGUUGGU